GCUGGACACCCCAAUCUCCCAUUCUCACUGUUAGCCAUAAACAACUCUCUCUCUCUCUCACCACUCUGUGAGUAAAACCACCAAGCUCCAAUCUUCUUCAUUUUCCAUCAAUGGCGUCAAUCCAUUUCGGUCCUUUCGGCGAAAACUGGUUCAAGAAACCCCCAAACCCUUUCCAACCCAUAAACCUCCUCUCACUCACCGAGUCCCUAAACCCCUUCAAAAACCCACCUUCCAAAACCUCAAAUUUCUUCGCAUCAAUCACCAGCUCAACCUCCUCCAAAAAACCCCCAAAUCGUCCUGAUUACAAGCAAAUGCUCGACCAGUUCUACUGGGAAUGCGAAACCCUACCCGAUCACAGACACACCCCAGAAGUCGAAAAAAUCCUCAAUGAAGACCCACUUCUUGAAAAGAAGGAAAACCCAACUCCAGAAGAGGUUGAAGAGAACAAGAAAUGGUGGGAAGAGUUUGAGAGCAGUCCGGUGAUUCAGUUUGUCAGAAGGUCUGAAGAGAUUGCUGAUAAGAUCAAUGAAUUGGAGCUGAAAGAGAAUGAGAGUCCGUAUAGGAGUGAGGACGCUAAGCUGUGGAAAGCGGUGCCGCCUGUGAUUGGGUUGGAUGGGAGGCCGAUGCCGAGGAAGGCGAUUCAGACGAAGAGGCAAUCGGAUGACAAGUUCUGGGAUUUUGCUAGGCAGUUCUUUUUUGGAUUAUGGGGGUUUCGGCAACGGCCAUACCCGCCGGGAAGACCGAUUGAUGUUGCUCAGGCAAUUGGCUAUAAGAAGCUCGAGAACCGAUAUUAUGAUUUUAUUAUGAGGAGUAGCGGUUGGUAUUACAAGGAUCGACUGGGUCAUUCAAGGGGACCAAUGGAGCUAAUACAGCUUAAGACUGCUUGGGGUGGUGGGAUAAUUGAUAAACACACUUUCAUUUGGGGUGAGGACAUGGAUGAAUGGGCACCAAUUGGCAUGGUUUAUGGCUUGGAACGUGCAAUUGCCACUUGGGAAGUUAGGUUAGGUGCUGCCGCAACAGCUUUCAUUCACAAACUACAGAAGGGUAUACCUCCAUGGGUGCCUCUCAAGGGUCACGAGAACAAAACCUAUAAGCAGCUCCAGGAAGAAGCUAUUGAAAGCAAGAGACGUGAUUUAGCUGUGCUGGAAGCUAAUGAUGGUAUGUGGCCGGGUGUAAGAACCCCUAGUCAUGCCUUGUUUCUUUGGGCUAGUGGCUCUGAGCUAUCAUCAGUUUUGGAAGCUGAUCACAUGCCAAACAAAUACAUCCCAAAAGAGCUUAGGGUUGAACUGGCUAAAGCUAUUCCUGGGCUGAGGCCAUGGGAGGUUUUAAGUGUUGAACAAGCUAUGGAUCAGAUAACAUAUGGUGGUGAGUGGUACCGGGAACCUCUUGGUACAUUCACAACAGGUCCUCCAUACAUCAGGCAUUGGAAUAAGGAUGUUUUGAGAAUGUUUAGGAUUUUCUAUGACCUGAGCUUGCAAGUGUACAGCCAACUGGAGCAGACAAUUCCAGGUUUUAGUAAAGUAAUGGAGAAGGUCCACAUAGACGCUGAUGCAAGGGAUGCCAGGCGCAAGGCGAGGAGGGAGGCACAGAAGAGAGCGCAGGAGGAUAUUGCAUUCGGUCGAGUUCAAAAUAGGAAGCCCUAAUUUUUGUAUAUUAAAUUCCUACACUUCAAGUUCAUAUUGUCUUCUCCUAAGUUCGUCUUCUGCCUGUACCACAACCUUUUAUUCAGUUAUUGAGCAAGGGAUGUUUACUUUCUUUUCAAAUGGCAACACUCUGAAUUUUGGAAACCAAUUGGGCAUAGUACAUACAUGUGUUUGCUUUAUAUAUCCAAGGUUUUAAUUAUCGUUUGAUGCACA